AAAUGUCACAUUGACAGCAAUAAUAAGCGUACCAGCGACUUGCUGGACAAAACACAAAAGCCUGAAAUGAAAAUAUAUUUCUGUUGUGGGUUUGCAAAUAAAAUAAUUUAAACAUUUAUAAUUAAAAAUAAACCAUCUAAAAUAGUUUUUUUCCUGCUGGGGAGAUAUGGUUUUCAAUAUUUUAUUCAAGGAUCGUGUGACUAAACCACAAAAGAAAAUGUUAAUCUCUUUGCUACGCGAAACAAAAUAUAUGGAAGGUAAAAAGGAGAAGGAAUGGUAUUGGGAGAAAAUUCAGGCAGCACUAAAUACUAUUGGUCCAAAGAAGACUAUUAUUCAAUGGAAAAAGUGUUGGCGGGACAUGCGCUUGACUACGCGGAAAAAACUUGCCGAAAUGAAACGUUGCCAAAUAGCUGGUGGUUCCCCACCUCCAGGAAUAGAGCUUAAUCAAGAAGAUAAUGAUAUAAUUGAUAUUGUAGGCUCAGAAUAUUUUUAUGAAGAAAUGAGCGGAGAGCUUAAACCCGAAAAUUUUAUGACAGGAUUCGAAUAUGUGCCAGAACAAUUUUGUGAUGCUAUUCUAUCUGCUGCUGCUGUAAGCAGUAGUCAGAACGCUAAAGAUGCCGGUCAUCCUACACAAGAUGUACAUGAUACUGAUGGAGGAGAGCCUAGUGUAACAUCUAAUCAAGAACACCAGCAUGCCGGAAACUUUUCUGGAUCUACUGUUAAUGUUCAUAGUGCUGAGACAAAUGGUACUGCUAGCCAUCAUCCAACAUUUUCAGGUAUCUCAGCAGCAUCUGUUGCUUGUGGACAUCAACAUUUACAUCAUCGCCGAAGGGAGGCAGCUGUCGCAGCUGCCGCAGCGGCAAUACAUAGAGAAUCUGCUUUUGAAGAAAAGCUUUUGCAGUUGAUGCAAGAUGCGUUUCCUAAAAAAGACAGAAAGCGUAAAAAACGCGAUCCUGAUAAGCUUUUUCUACUUUCACUUUAUGAAGAAAUGAAAAAGGUCCCUGAAGAAGCUCGAUUAGACGUAAAAGCAGAGCUUAUUCAAGUGCUUAAAAGAUACCAAAAUAAAGGUACACAAAAAUUAAUUGCCGAUAAGUCGAUAUCAAAGCAGUUACAGUCAAGUGACAAAAUUACAAGACAAGAUUCUCAACAAAUGCACCCACAGCAACAGCAUCCACAUAGUAUGUACCAGUUGCAAAAAAAAUAUGAUAAAACCGUAGAGAAGUCCGAUCAGCAACAAACAAAUGCUUCGACGCAACAAGUUGAAUCUUCACAAAGGCAACAACAUUCUCAACCAACACGUGAUACGAACGAUCCGCAAAGGAUUCAUACACAACAACAAAUUUCUCAUAGUUUGUUUCAAAUGCAAAAAAAGUAUGCAGAAGAAAAUGAUAAGGCCCAUCAGCAGCAACAACAGCAGCAACAACAAAGCGAUCAGCAACGUAAGCAACUUCUAGAAACACAAUCUCAUACCCAUCAACAAUCGCAGCAACCUCCACCGCCACCACCACCGCCAAACAACGAGCAACACUUACAUCAUCCACAAAUGCCGCAUGGGAUUUUAUUUCCUUUAGGACAAAUCCGUAAUGAACACCCUCAUCAGCAACAGUCCCAAUCGCAUCCCCAUCAACAACACCAUCAACAUCACCCAGGACCAUUGUUUGCAACUACCCCUCCCUCGGCGAUGAAUGGAGAUCGAACUUUGACGUAUGAAAACGUGGGAUAGGCGCUUUUUUUUUAUAUAUAUAUGAUAUAAAACUGUAAUCUCUUUCUGUUGUCUCUUCAUAGGCAUUGAAUGUUGUUUUCAGGGCUUUGUUCCGUUUUCAUUUUAUUAAGUAAGAAUAAUAUUAGAUAAGCUUAUUUUUUAACUGCUUUACGAGAUAAUGCAAUAUUAGCUAAGUACUAUGUUGAAAUUAAAUUUGUUCGUAUUUUAUAAUA